AUGAAAUUGGACGGACGUCUCGGCGGGACGACGUGCGACGGCGGCGGUGCUGUUUACGGCGCCUCUGCGGGUCUCGGCGACGACGUGGAUCGCACGGAACGGCCACCGACUUCCGCCGCCGCCGCCACAGCCGUGGUGGACGAACGCGGCUUGACGUCGCCGCGGGAACAGUGCGAUUGCGACUCCGACGCCCGUGGACAGGCGAUGGCCACCUGCACGGCGGCCGGUUCCGCGGUCGUGCCGAAGACGUCUGCCGUCGGUUCGUCACUGUUUACCAUCGACAGCAUACUCGCUCCGUCCAGGUCGUCCGACGUGUCGGCCGUCACGGCAGCUUCCGGCCGGAACAACGUGUCAGCGGCCACGGCGGCGGCCAACGGGUUCUUCAAGCAGCCGUUGAGCUUUGGACACCUGGCAGCCGCCGCAGCCGCGUCCGGAUACGCGCACUCCACUGCCGCAAACUUCUUAGGUAAGUUUUUGCGUCCAGCACAAUAUGUACCUUUAAUACUUAGCUAUAUUAAAUACAAUUAUCCAAGGAAGUACUUUGAGGUCAUGCGGGGUACAUGCUCAUGCAUGGUGGCGCAGUAUUGUGCUAAACAGUUCCCACCCGUUCCCGGUUUUUGA